CCGUUCCGAGCGCAGCGCAGCGCCGUCAGUGUCUUUUUCUCCCGCCCAAUUCGGUCAUGUAGUGUACCCGUCGCGACGCUCAUAUACCUCACCCAUUCCGCCAGUGCCCGUGUUUUAUUGUGUUACAACGUGUUUAGUUCCCGGCCAAGCUAUUUCCACCGUCCCGAGAAAAGAUGGCCCGCUUGGCUUUUUCAGCAUUAACAUGUCUUCUACUAGCGCACACCAGUCAGUCCCUCUUCCAACCAUCAGGGUACUACAAUCCUCUAGAGCCAUCCCUCCUCCAAAACUACUCAGCAGGUUACCCUCCAGCGACAUCAUACGUGAGCCACAGAUCACUGUUCCAUGCAUCGGGCCCCUCUGGCCCAUCUGGACCCUCUGGCUAUGCUAAUACUUUCAGCACUGGAGGCUACUCUGGAGCCCCCACUGGAAUUGACUCCGGGUACUUGGGUUUGGGCUCAGCGCCGCUCGCAUCUGACCCACACGCCAUCUGCACGACGCCAGUUCCUCACUGCGUAGACUCAAAAUACAGAACGAUAGACGGAUCAUGCAACAACUUGAAGAACCCACUUUGGGGAACACCAAACACUCAGUAUGCUCGUCUCCUUCCCUCCAAGUACGCCGAUGGAAUUCACUCUCCUCCAGUAUCCGUCACCGGAACCGAACUGCCUAGCCCUCGUUUGGUUUCCAUCGUCCUCUUCCAAGAUCUUCCGAUCAACGACCCUGUCUGGACCCUCAUUACGAUGACCUGGGGUCAAAUCAUCACUCACGACAUGUCUAUGUCCAUGGGAACUCGCCAAGGAAAGGCUCACUCAACUCACUGUUGUAGCGAGGACGGUCACUUAGCCGAGUACCAGGGUCCCACUUGCUUCCCGAUCAAGAUCCCCGACAAUGACCCUCUGUUCGGACGUUUCAACAGAGACUGCAUGAACUUCGUCAGGAGUACCACUGAUAUCGACACCGGCUGCAAUGCUGGCCACACUCCCGCUGAACAGUUGGUUGUUGUGACUCACUGGAUGGACGCCUCUUUCGUCUACGGCUCAACCGAUGAGAUGGCCCGCAGACUGCGUGAAUUCGUUGGCGGUCGCUUGUUGACGGAAUUCAGGUACGGACGCCCAUGGCCUCCAGCGGCCCAGAACAAGAGCGCCACCUGCGACACCCAGAGAGAGGAAGAACCUUGCUACGAGUUUGGUGACACCCGUGCCAACCAAAACCCACAGUUGACCGUCCUGCAAAUCAUCUUCCUCCGAGAACACAACAGAGUCGCCACCGUUUUGGCACACAUCAACCCCCACUGGGACGACGAGACCCUCUACCAGGAAGCCAGAAGAAUCGUCAUCGCCGAGUAUCAACACAUCAACUACUACGAAUGGUUGCCUAUCAUCCUUGGUACCGACAACAUGGUGAAAUUCGGUUUGAUCCAAGACCCUGCCCCAGCCCACAAGGACUAUGUCAACGACUACAACGACCAUGUCGAACCCAACACCAUCAAUGAACACGCCACAGCCGGUUUCAGAUACCUCCACUCUUCCAUCCAAGGAUACUUCCACUUGUUCAGCGAAUACCGGCAAAGACCAGAAGUAACGGUGAGGUUAUCCGAUACCUUCAACCGACCAGAAAUCAUCGAAGAUGGAGACAACAUGGACUCCCUAACCCGAGGUCUCUCCACUCAGAGCCAAGAGGAAAUUGAUCCCUUCUUCACUGCUGAGAUCACUAACUACUUGUUCAGAAAUGGAAAGCCUUUCGGUCGGGAUUUGAGAGCCAUCGACAUCCAAAGAGGCAGAGACCACGGUUUGGCCAGCUACAAUGACGUCAGAGAGUUCUGCGGCCUCCCAAGAGCUUACAAAUUCCAGGACUUUGCCGAUUACAUCACCCCCGAGAGGAUCGAGAAAUUGGAAUCCCUGUACGCUAGCGUAGAUGAUGUCGACCUAAGUGUGGGAGGAUCUCUGGAGAGACACAUUGAAAACACACUUCUCGGCCCGACCUUCUUGUGCCUGUCCCUGGAACAAUUCUACAGGACGAGAGUCUCAGAUAGAUUCUUCUACGAACAGCCUCACUCACCAAACACCUUCACCCCAGAACAACUGAACGAAAUAAGGAAAGCAUCGUUGUCAAGAUUAUUGUGUGACAACAGUGAUAAUAUCCACACAAUGCAGCCUAAAGGUUUCAUCAAAGUUUCUCAAUCGAAUCCAUUGUUGGCUUGCAACGAGUACAACCACAUUCCCGCACUGGAUCUGAACUACUGGAAGGACGAACACGCUCCUUACGGAUACGGCAACGAAUACAAAAAGAAAUAGGAUGUUUUUUCACUAAUUUAAUGACCUCCUUGGACUCAAGACCACUUUUAGCUCUCUUUGGAGAUAUUCAUUUCAUUUCUCUCACAAUGUGUGCUACAUAAUUUUGACCAAUAGAACACUAUAUCUAAGACGCAGAUAGUAUUACAAAUGCGUAGCCAGUGCUCCAAUAUUUUCGAGCUAUAUUGUCACUUUGUAUGAUAAAAUCUAAUUUAAAAAGCCUGACAGCUAAUUUUUAAUAGACAAAUUUGCAUCAAAAGCGGUCAGACUUUUGAUUUCUAUGAUAUUUACUUCGGCUUUGGUAGGAAAAAAUCUUGACCAAAAUUUCGAUAUUUUUCAAUGCUAUUGAGAAAUUUUGUUGAUUUCUAAGAGGAAGGGUUACUUUUUACGAAACAUUUGGUCGUAUUAUAUAACCACGCAGGGACCUAUCCUCUUGAAUAUUCCCAAUCUUGCAACCUUACUUGAAGGUAGGGUAGCACGGUAUCAAUUCAGGGCGUGCUAUUAAAAGAAAAAGAAGUUCCAGAUGACCAUAAAAACUUAGCAUAUCAUGAUCAGAAAUUUCUAUUUUAAAAUGUAAGUGACGAUGUAGGUAUAAAAUGUAUCAUUGAUGUUUCCUUUAGAAUCCGUCUCCAAUGAGAGCUCUAGUGGUCUAAUUUUAGGGAGAAAUUGCGACUUUUCAUCUCAUCGAAUCAACCAGUUUCAUCAGUCAUUUUUUAAACUUACUGUCUAAGUAGUGCUAAGAAUAUUUUGUUCUUUUUUAUGUUAUUCUUAGGCCGUGUGAUUAACUGAAUUUUGGCAUAAAAUGUACAGCGGGAAGUUUUGAAUUCACCCUGCGGCGUUUACUCCGGGGUGCGGUGCCAUUAUCAAAAUGCCUUGUAAAAAGCAUCUGAAUUUUCAGCGAAUACGAUCGGCAGUUCGCGUUAUCCUCUAAGCAGAAGUACGAUUUGAAACUAAGACAAUUAAAGACGUCUUUAAAAAGAUCGAAAAAACACUGAUUGGGAAGGACACUCUCAAACAGAUGAACAGUAAUAUCAAUGUUACUCAUUUCAAAGUUACCAGAAUGCCAGAACGGUGCACAUUAAAGUUACCCACGAAUAGAAACCAUCUUGUAAGAUGAAAGUUAUUCUGCUAAUUAUAAAUCAAAAAUUUUGAGACUUAAAUUGCUAGAAGGUUACCAUAAAUACUUAGGAAAAAAUUUCAUAAAUGCGAAAGCCUGAUCUGCAGAUGCAACAAGGCACUGUCUAAAGACGUUGUUGAUCAACUUCGUCCUAAUUGCUCAAAACUUAAAAAUUCCCUUGAUCAAAUGGUAAGUGUUAAGUCAAAUUAGGAUCUAGAAUGUAAGACAUGUUACCCAUUUUGGAAGUGUAAAUAGAAAAGGGGCAUCGAUCGAAAAAAAAAAGAAAAAAAGCAAAUUAUUUUGAGGUCAUAUUCAUUGAUGCUCGGUGCAAAAGUGUCAUUCUAGUUAGAUUAAUUAGGCCAUUCAUUAUUUAUACUACAACUUGGCCAGUUGAUAGGUCAUUUAAUUUAACUUGCGAAAUCCCUACGUUUGCAAGGUAUCUGCAAGGUAGAGCAAUUGUUUUAAUUAUUCAGUUCAACACUGAAUUUCCUGUAUAGAAAGAAAGAUGAUUUUGUUUUAAAAAUUUUGUUGUUUCUACUUCAAAAUAUUUAGACUUGGGACAUUUGCUCGUCGUAAAAUGUAAUCAAAAUUAUAGGAUACCUAUGCCAAAAAAUUUCUCCCCAAACUUUCAGGUUCCUUGAUGGAUUACAAACACAGAUUUCCAGAUUUGAAACGCAAAGGGUGGCAGAUUAGUUCGAAUGCCACCCAAUCUGGUAUUCUACCGCUAAAAUAUUUCGUCGCAAAUGAUAUUCUAGGUUUGAAUUUUAAAGUUUAUUAAAGCACCAGUCUCCCUCCAAAAAGGCCGUAAGAGCAUUUAACAGGUAAUUAAAAUUGGAUGAAGUGUCAAUACGGUUCCUGAAUAGUGUUGACAACUGUAAUAAUCGUGUAAUAAAUUGAUUUUUUUAAAUUUUAAACCGCCAAGUCACACAAUAUGUUAAAAUUACAACAGGUGUGAGCCACAGACAUGCGAAUUCUUACAACCAGCGCGUUUUAAAAUUUCCAAUUUCCAAUGCACAAUUUCUGAUGAAAGCUUUGAUCAUCGAGCGCUUCUUAUCACAGCCUGAUCCAGCCCAAUCAUGAAAUCUAAUAUUAUGUUUAAAGGUUUGAGAGAAUUUCUUCAGAACUCACAAUAUGUGCAAUCUACUCUUGUAUUUGGAUGUUCUAUUCAAAUUAUAUCUGAAUGCUUAAAAUUAUCAUAAUAACUGGGUUGGAAAUUAACGUUCCUGGAAAUAUCUCUAAAGAGCCUCUAAUUCAUAUAUCUUAGUUGAAGUCUAGAUUAAUACAAAAAAUCGAGCCUUCAAACAUUUAUCUUGUUGAUUCCCGGUGCAGGCUACGCUUCAAAGGGAAUAAUUGUGACUUAUCGAUCACAUAAAAAUACGGAGGUAAAAUACUUUGCGUACUAAAUGCUAACUUUCAGGAACCGUCUGCGUUAGGUAUUUCAUAGGGAUGUAUAAUAAAUAUAAAUACAUAA